GUUCAUUGGAAACUUAGCUGACGCCCAACGAAAUCCAUUAAAAAAAAAGAAAAAUGAAAAAUCACAUUACAGUGAGAGAAAGAGGAGCGAGACAGUGGGGAACUUCAACAAAUAAAGAAAAGAAUAUCCGAAAAUUCGAAGAAGAAGAAGAAGAAGAAAACUGCGUUAACCAUGGACUUAUGUUAUCCCUUUACUUGAGGUCGAAUCAUCUUUUGCUAAAACAGCAAGCCUUUGAAAGGAAAAUCAGCCGACAAAAUGGGGGAGAAAGGCAGAAUUUGUCCUGUUCCAUACUUCUGGUUCAGCUCAAGAAUUGAUUAUUACAAGUCUUUUGUUCGUGGAGGGGGCUUGAGACCUGUGUCGAAAGUGCUUAGCUUGAGGGGCAAUCUACGCGCGUAUGACAAGAUUAUACAUUUCAAUCAGAGGAUGCCACUCAAAAGAAAGUUGAAGCAUGUGUUACCCAUAAGAUCUGCUGCUCCAAACUCCGGCAAUGGGAGCCCAUCUUCUCGUGGACAAGGAGAGCACUCUAAUUCUGUGUCAACACCUUCUACAACUCAAUCAGGUAUAAACACGACAACUCAAUCUAUUGUAGAUCCUACUACUGUUGCAAGUACUACUGAGCAAGAUGCAUCCAAUAAUAUGCAUUUUAUAAUUUUAAAUAUAAUGUAGAUUGAUUCACCAACAUUAAUUUUCUUUAAAUAUCUUUUAACCCCUCUUUAUUAAGAAAAACAUGGAAUUAAUCGUGGAUUGACGGAAUAAUGGAUGCAAAUAAGAAAAAACUUGUACAAGCCAGGGAGGGACACAUUUAGUGAAACAUCUUGUCCAUUUGCCAAUUAGAUUUGCAUCAUCAUGUAAAACAUUGUUUCGCAGUGCUUGACAGGUUGGUAUGUAGCAACCCAUGAUAGGGAACUAGCCUACGACUGACUUAGGUAAGUUAUGUUUGAAUUUUCAUUGAGCAUCUUGUUUUAAUAGUUGCUCAGCUCGAGUGUUUAUAUGUUAAACUAGAUGUUAGAUAUCAAUAUUUUAAUUUUUAAAAUGUUGUCUAUUGUAAAAUUUAGAUGGAUAUCUUUUUAUCUAGAUGGAAGAUACUUUAUUGACUUGGAAAAUUAGAGUAAAACUUUAACUGAGAAAAACUGGAGAUUCAGUAGGUGAAGUUUAAGCUUUUAAAAUCUUUAACUAUGGGUGCUAAUUUGCUCAUAAAGAUCCACCUUGGCACAACUGAUUUGAUGAGAGACUCUGAAUUUUUUUAUGUAGAUAUAAAGUUAUAAUUUUUGUAUUUGUUUCAUUUUUAUUGGAGCGUUGAUUUUCUCCUACAGCCCCCAUUAGCUCUUAUAGUGUCUGCAUCUUUUUUAUCUUCUCAAAACCCUAUUAUUAUUAUUAUUAUUAUUAUUAUUAUUAUU